AUGAACUCGCUGACCUACCUCUCGCGGCAGUUCGAUGUGCUAGCCUCUCCCCGUGCGCCACCGUCUACGCCGGUCUCAGAAUCGCCGCCCUCCCUCUCCGCUGCUGGUGAUCGUCAACAAGAGACCCGACUUCCACGAGUAAGGACCUGGUCGACGAAGUCAUUUCGCGUUCCGUUGCCCGGUAGUCCAUCGGGGCCGUGGACCCUCAGACGGUCCUUGUCUUCCCCGGCAGUCGCCUCUCCCGACCAGCCUGUGCAGUUCAGGCUUCGACGCCCCUCAUCUUCCUCUAAACAGCCUUCGAGACCGCCAUCUCGACGUCCUUCCGUCUCGUCAACCGAGAAGGCAGCCCCGCCCAUUGACGGCGUCAUCCACAGUAUAUUCCUCUUGGGCUUCUUCCUCCUUCUGUGGCACUAUAUCUGUGCAGCAUGGAGAACGAUCACUCGCCAACGACAAGCACGAGUAGCUGACGAGGUAGCCGUGGAGGAUGGCUCGGAUGAGGACGAGAAGGACACUGAAGACGAGAGUAAGGACGUGAAACCUGUAUUAUUACGCCAACCAACAUUUCCCCCCGCAAUCCCACCACCAUUAUCCCAACCCCCACCACCGCCGUCUUCAAGCAUCUCCGCAGAAUCCAGUACCACCGCCGCCGGUCUUUCGCCCUCUGAGAUACCCAUACCGCCCGCCACUAAUCCCGAGGUCCCCGUCCGUGCCGUCCCAGCGACCCACACUGGGACCUCCUCACGCGCAUCUACCCCCAGCGGCGUCGCCCACAAAACGCCUUUCCAUCUGCCCAAGACGCUUGUGUUGGAUCUGGACGAGACCCUCAUCCACUCGACGUCGCGGCCGAUGAUGUCGGCCUCAAGCGGGACGGGCUUCCUGGGUCUCAGCAUAUUUGGUCACUCAAACAAGGGCGCUGGCCAUGUUGUGGAGGUCAUGCUUGGAGGUCGUAGUACAUUGUACCACGUCUACAAGCGGCCAUUUGUGGACUAUUUUCUGCGGAAGGUGUCUACGUGGUAUACGCUCGUUAUAUUCACGGCAUCUAUGCAAGAGUAUGCCGAUCCUGUCAUUGACUGGUUGGAUGCUGGUAGGGGGAUCCUGACCCGUCGAUUAUUCAGAGAGUCAUGUACACAACUGCCGAACGGGUCAUAUUCAAAAGACCUGUCCAUCGUCGAAGCGGACCUGGCACGAGUUUGUCUCAUAGACAAUUCACCAGUAUGUUACAGUAUCAACGAAGCGAACGGCAUACCUAUAGAGGGAUGGACGCAUGACCCACACGACGAAGCGUUACUGGACCUUUUGCCCGUCCUUGAUUCACUCCGCUUUACGAGCGAUGUCCGGCACGUCUUAGGGAUUCGUGGUUUCUCAUGA